UCGGUGGCGUGUUCCCGCCGGAGUAACACGUGUGUCCCGUAUCUCGAAACGUUCCACGACCCGCGUAUUUUACGUGAGCGAAUUUUAAACUUCAGUGUUAAAAUGUGAAACUUUAAUACGUGAAAUGUUUAAUGAUGUGCCACCUUGAUUAGUGUCGUGUGGUUUCCCAAUGAAUUUUGGUUAUGAAUACAAAUUAAUUAAAGACUGGCUGGAUUUUGAUUAUCAAAUUCUCUUGUGAAAGAUCCAGAACUUCGCAUGAGAUUCCCAAAAUCUCUGUCGUCCAAAAACAGUGCAAUAUGUUGUUCAAAACAGGACUGACAAGAGUUGCUUCUCAUGUGCGGAACUGACAGUGUUUACCAAAAUAUGGAGAGAAGAGCAGGACUCGUGGUUGUGUUAUGGGUGGCCAUAUUCCCUCUCUACAGAGCUGAUAAUCUUGAACUUCUUCUGGGUACACUUCGAACACAUCAGAAGGCUGCUUGUGAUGAGGAGAUGGUGACACUCAUAUGUCCUCGAGGAACCACUAUCAGUAUCCAAGUGGCGCAGUAUGGAGCUUCGGCUACGCAAGGAUCCUGUGCUUCAGACCUGGCGGAGUAUCAGCCGGUAGCUGUUGAAGUUGUAGGAGAUACGUCGUGCAUCUGGCCCAGCGCUCUGCAGUAUUCCUUGUUACAGACAGUGGUGGAAGCGUGUCAGAAGAAGCGACAGUGUAAAUUCCACACAAGCCCCAAGGCCUUUGGAGUCGACCCCUGCCCGGGUUCUAGAAGAUUCGUUGAAGUCGCAUACAAAUGCCGUCCCUACGAGUUCCGAAGUAAAGUUGGUUGUGAGAAUGAUGUACUGCACUUAAGCUGCAAUCCUCACUCGAGGGUUGCAAUAUACUCAGCUCAGUAUGGAAGAACGGAAUAUGACUCAAUUCAAUGUCCACAGCCACGAGGGAUGAAGGAAGAAACUUGCUUGGAGCCAUAUGCCACGGAGACUGCCAUGAGAGAGUGCCACGGGAAAAGAAGAUGUGUUCUCGCCGCAGACAGUAACAUGUUCGGCAAGCCCUGCCGAGCUGGGAGUCGAACCUAUCUCAAAGUUGUUUACACUUGCGUUCCCCGUACGGUGUUAAAGGAGAGAUACGAGAGUGCCCCUGAAGAGGAUGAGGUUGCUCACGACGUGUCCGAUCUUGAACACGAUGAAGUCGAUGAGACGAAUGACCGCUGGUGGGGUGAGUCAGCAGUGCCACCAGCUCCAGCAGUAGCCGCAGUUCCUCCUCAACGGCCUACAGCCUCCACUAGCCUUAACAUCACUAGCAUCAGUAGAGAUGAACCCUCAGCGUCACCACCACGACAUCAUCUGGCUAAUGAUGAUCAAUUCGACAUCAUAUACGUAUACAUCAUAGCUGGAGUCGCUGUUAGUCUUCUGCUUUGUAUCAUCUUGGGUGUCAUUCGCUGCGUCAUGACCAAACAAACCUCCGAACAACCAAAGGGCCCAGACGUCUCAGCCACAACAGAAAUCCCUAACGGAUUCAAUGACAGCAUAUCGGAAGUCGAUAACGAUAUCAACAUAACCAGUCUAUCUGGACCCGUCGACACAGUUGACUCGGGUAUCAAGCAAGAUAUUCAGUACUCCAACGUGGCUCUUAGUCCCAAAAUCAAUAAGUAUGUUGGCCGACCAGUGCCCAAUACGUAUCCUCAUGUGAGCACUAAUAUGUAUGGACAGGUGGCCGAAUUCCCUAUAGAAAUGCCUCUUCGAACUAUGCCGCAUGGCACGUUAGGGCGCGGAGUUGCGGUCAAAACUCUGCCAAGAGUUCAAAUACAAUCUGAAACGGACCCUAACACAAGGAGUUUAUAUCGAUAUUCUAACGCCCAAUACUACUUCGGGUGACAACAAGACAAAAGCCAGUGUUCGGACGUAUCCAGAACUUACUGUUUCUAGUUGAAUCGUGUAGUGGAGUGUAUAUAGUUCACGGACUAACUAGUGAAGUUUGUAAUGUUCUACUUUUAAAUACGGAAACUGUGAUAUUAAUUGAAAACUUUCCUAUUGUACUGCGAACAGUUUUCCAACUGUAGACACAGAAAGACAGUGUGGUUGUUCCUCCGUUGUGUAUUGAGAGAUGGAUCGUUGUUAGCGCGACUUUGUUACACUGUAUUGACCUUUGAUAACUAAGUAUUGUUUUGCAUGUCGAACAAAUCUGUGUGUUCAUUUAGGUAUUCACAUUGUUCCUUGGGGAGUUGGACGUAGUUAGGGGCUGAUGUAUUAUUAAUCUGUAUGUUCAAGUAAUGAAUUUCCUGUAUAGUCGGAUUGUGUGGAGAGCCUAGCUAGUAUGUGGGUACUUUGGUUUCAUGCCAGCUCCUGUCAGGAUCGUGCUAAAAGCCAAAAAAUCUUUAUUUAUUGUUUAACAUGUUGUAUACGUAUGUUUUUGCGGACAUUUCGCUUUGUUUAUAGCUUACUAAUUUUCUUUCCACGCCUCCGGGCGUUGGUGGUUCGCGAAUUAUUUAAAUUUAUUUGUAAUUCAAAGAAUGAGUUGGAUUGUAUUCUGUUCAUGUUGUGAUUGUUUCUGAAACUUUCGAUAUAAGUAACUUCAAGACUAAUAAAAAUUGUUUGUAUAUUGUAAGGAACCCAUCUGUUUUUGAACAGGCUAAAUUGUGUCAGAUAUUUAUUAUAUUAAUAAAUGAUAGAAUAUAUUUGUUUAAAUGUUUAAUUAUUUAUGUAAUAUUGUCGUAUAAAUUUCAAAUUAUAGGCGACAGUUUCACAAACAUGAUGCUAAUUAAAUUUUCGUUCCGACAAAACUGUAUGUGAUUCGUGUUAUUGGCAAAUUGCUUUUUGUGUCUACUAGUUACGAAACAUAUUAAGAGUUGAAAACGUUGUGAAAAUGAUUUAUAAUUGGUUGGUAAUUAGUGUUAUAGUUUGUAUUUGAUUUUAUAAUAAUGUUCGACUGUUUUAAUUAGGCUAAUUAAUUACUAUUCGCUGUAUGAGCUGCUAAUAAAGAUGACAGGAUUUAUUAUACAACUUGUAACUACGAAAUUAUCAAAUUGGAAGUGAAAAUGAUUUUUAAGACGUCGACUAUAAAUGUCAAAAACGGAAUCAAAUCCCGUAAUUGGAUGCCAAUUAAUUUGUCGAUGUCUUAUCUUGAUUAGGUAUAUUAUAGUUUACAUGGCAUUUAUACGGCGUCAAAGGCUUAACCAUCUAUUUCUGUAUCAGAAGUAAUAGGAAAUUCAUUAAUUUAGUAGGUAUUAAUUUUCCCUUUAGUCUGUCUCUUAAAUGAAAAUCAUAAAAGAUACACCUAAAUGUGUCUACACACUACAUUGAUACCAUCUUAACCAAAAAUGACUAUCGUGAGACAACUAAUUAGGUAUAUAUAGACUCACGACACAAACGACAUUACUGAAAUCACACACAUACUUGAAACUGAAUGAUGCAAAUACACGGAUGCAAUAAGGCCCGUUAAUUGCUUUAUGGAUGCGGCACUAUUAGUUCCCGUUUGACAACGAGCGGUGAAUCUGAACUAACUCGUAAAGCGAAGAGGGGAAUUUAUGAUAAUACACCCAUUUGCCCAUUUCAACGAACUCGUUACUGUGUUGAUUGAUUGAAUUAUAAACUAUAUUUAAUAGAACAAUGGAGCUUUAUUCAUUGAUUUUAUUUUGUAAGAAAACAUUUUUUUUAGCUAUGAGUUCAAGGACUCUAAGUCUAAGUUAUUUGGGACCCUAUAGAUGGAAGUUACAUUCGAAUAAUGUGUACUGAGUUGAUUUACAGGCAAACUUAGUGAAGAUCAUUAUUGUCUACUUAAAACACACACAACCAUCACAAUCACUAACAAAGACGGUAUGAAUGUGAUAUUACAAAUAUCAAAGAUUUUAGUAAAAUAAUCCGAAUUAUGCAGUGUACUAAACCGAGUAUUUUAGUACAACUAUUUCAGUAAAUGCCUGUAACUAUGCGUCAUAGGAAACCACUGAACAGUCUAGAGAUAUCAUAUACAAUGUCUGUCUAAGUACAAGUGACACGCCUCGGUACCGUACAAAGCGCUAACAUAAUAUGAUUUGUGUAACUGUGUAUCUGCAAACAAUUAUGGACAGACAACAUGUGGAAUAAUAUCAUAUUAAUAUCUGUUCGUAUUUCGGUUACAUUGAGACUACCAGACAAGUUAACAUUACCUAUUUAGCUGGAGUUCUGAGUGGUAGUGAUAUUUUCUCGCAUUUUGGCAAGUUUUUGAGGUCGAUUGCGGUGUUAAGAUUGCGCAUCGUUGUCGUUUUAUGGAUACUAUCGUGGUUUCCAGUUUCCGAAGUAGUUUUAGUACCAGUCUAUAGCUAUCUUACAACUUAUAAAAGGCGCUAUCAUUGCCGAUAUUUUAAUCAGUUGUAAAAUCUGUGAUUUUUGGCACUCAUAAAUACAAUCACUAAAACACCAAUCACACGCCAUAAAGUGAUUUCGUUUCCAAGUACACUAAAGAGAUCUUCAAGCUAUAUCAUAUCCGAGCACAAUAAAUGGGAAUCCAAUUAAAAACUAGUACAUUACAGUUAAGUUGGGGACAGCUAGUUGUCACGUCACAAAUUAGGUGACACUGGGAUUCUCGUAGCGUGCAAGACUUGGACGUGUUCGCCAACCAAUUAAUGUUCUCCGUGACUCUAACGAUGCCGAUGUACCGAAUAACUGGAUUAUUUCUAAGCGGAGAUUUGCCACCGUACCAAUUGUAGGGUUCCAGGAAAUUGCUUUAGCUCCUAGCCAGGCACUUUAGCUUCAAAUACAUUCUAUCGAGGAUUUUAAAAAUUUUUACUUUAUUUUUUGCUUUGUUGACUUUCGGUCUGCAGUUUUCUAUAGUCUUUUAUUGGACGCUCCAAGUUGGCUCCUUAUGCAGUAAUUAAUGGAUUGCCAAUUUAUGUAACGAAUCCAAAGAAAGAUAAGCGUACUCUAAACCAAAAAUAACUGCGCGUUAUUGACUGCUCUCUACUUCUUUGAACGGGAACUAAGGAUGCCAAACCCAUCGCGGUACAAGAUAAUAUACAAAACAGUGUUACAAAAUUCACAAAGCUAAUAGGAAAAUCCUGUACAUACAUCUAAACAUCAUAGUACCUACACAGAUAUAUCAUCAACAAUCAACAAUAUAAUAUAAAAGUUAAAGACUCGCCACACAAACCGGCCGGUAGCGAUACGUUCCGGCAUAGAACAUAACUAUGAAAUACUGCAACAGAUUAGACCGCUCAGAUUGUAAAUCCUAUUUUCACUCCAUUGCCGCUCGCCGGCAGUCUGUCUGACGUGCCUUUUAUAUGGGUACUUUUAUUUUCAAAUAAAAUUGAAUUUGUUAACAUAAUUUUUGUUCAAAGAAAAUUUUAAAUGUUAGCUUUGACUUUGAAUAAACGCUUCGAAUGUGAUUGUUAAGUCCAUCUGAUUUUAAUAGAAAUAUUUUAGUACAAAAUUCAUAGCAGGAUAAUUGAGAAAAAAGAAAUCAAAUGAUACAUAAUAGUAUUCAAAUCGUGUUCUUUGACUUCAAAAGUUCGCAUGUCAUUUGUUUAUUCAUAAAUUUUUACUUAUUAAUCAUAAUUUUAUUUAGAGCAAACUUGUAAAUAAUCAUAAAAAUACAUUAUAUAUUGUAUCUUAAAACAAUUACCUUAAUUAACACAGUCGAAUGACAAAGAAAUAACAUUUUCAAAAUGACUGACUGUAAAGCCUAUCCAGAUCACAUUAGUUAAUAUUUUUAAUUGUAAAACUAAUAAAUAUCUGUGUACAGAUAACUUUUUAUGUCGUACAUCGAUUUAAUAUUAAAGU